AUGGAUUCGUUAGAUCCUCAGUGCAAGCAUCUGAUCUCCCCUGACUAUAAGAACUUUAUCCUGUCACUUCUGAUCGUGCUGGGGAUUCUCCUAUCCUAUCUCCCUCAGCACUACCGUAUCAUUUCCCUCAAGAGUUCAUUCGGCAUCUCUCCGUAUUUCGUUCUAUUAGGAACCACCUCUAGCUCCUCCUCGUUAACCAACGUCCUGUCUCAACAGCAGAGCUUACAAGACGCAGCUUGUUGUAAGAAUGUCAACGGGUUCGCCUGUUUUGCCGGACUUCUAGGAGUUCUUCAAAUGGCCACGCAAUGUUUCUGUUUCUUUACCAUACUUGCCUUAUUCAUCGCUUACUUCCCUCGUGCCACUUCGAGAUCUUCCAAAGACAGCCCGUCCUACCGAGCCGCUCUGUCCGUAGCCGUGAUCUGUAUCACCCAUGCCCUGGCUAUGUUAAUCAUCACUGUGGUUUUCGGCCUGAAGCGACCGUCAGCUCUUCAAUCCUGGUCCAACUUCUGUGGCAUCCUCGCAGCCAUCCUCUCCUCCAUUCAAUAUUUCCCUCAGAUUUACACCACGCUCCAUCUGCGCUGCGUCGGCAGUCUGAGUAUCCCCAUGAUGUGCAUCCAAACCCCGGGCAGUCUGGUCUGGGCGGGGAGUCUCGCCGCGCGAUUGGGAGCCAAGGGCUGGAGCACGUGGGGCGUAUUGAUCGUCACUGCAAGUCUCCAGGGCACGCUGUUGGUUCUGGGCGUGUUUUUUGAGUAUCUGAGUCCUAAUAGGGGGCAUUCCCAUCAACAUGACAAAGAUGCCGAAACUGAUGCCGACGCCGAAGUUGAUGAUUCAGCGGGUGAUCGGCAUCAGGAUCAAGAUCAGGACUGGCGUCCGUCUGAGCAAACACCGCUUCUUCAGUGA